AUGGACAACAUCAACGUCUCGGAGCUCGUCGAGCGGCUCAGCAGCGACGAGGAGAGCGUGCGCAAGAUGGCCGUCUUCAAGCUACAGUCCGCGAUCGGGGACCCGUCCUUCGCCGACGUGUUUAUCUACGAGGGCGGGCUGCCGAAGCUGCGGUUUCUGGCGCUGCAUAGUACGGGGAAUACGCUGGCGUAUUGCUUGACAAGCUUAAGUAGGCUGCUGGAGCUGGACAAGGGGUGGGAGGGGGUUAGCGAUGAGUUGAUUGGACGGGUCGUCGAACUCGUCGUCGCCCAACCCCUCGUCAACGUCAACCGCGGCGCCAUGUCCGUCCUCGCCGCCAUAGUCUCCCACCCCCACCGCCGCGACUCCCAACCCGGCAUCACGGGCUUCCAGCGCCUGAAGCCCGCCGUGGACCUGCAUCCCCAGUUCCUCCCGAUGCUCGUCGAGAAAAUCACGUCGGCCGACCAUGCACUCUGCGCGAAUUCACUGCAGCUCAUUAACUCGCUCAUGCGGGAUGCGGUUGCCAAUGAUGAGGAUACGGAGUGGCCCAAGUUCAUAAAGCAGCUGCAGGAGCUGGGGGUGAUUAAGAGCGUAUACGGGCUCAUGCAGAGCAGCGCGGUGCAGGAUCUUGCGCAUCCGUUACUAGAGUUCCAGAGCUUGACAAAGGUGCUGUUGCGGAAGUGGAGAGAGGAGAAGGUCGACCUGGAGAAGCCGGAUCACAGGCGCGCUAUACGGGGGCUGCAUGUCGCGAGUGACCCCUCGAAGCCCGCGGAUCCGAAGAAGAGCCAGAAGUCGCAUCCAGAGAAGUGGCGGAGGUUGGGGUUCGAGACGGAGAGUCCGGCGUGGGAGUUCGACGCUACGGGCUUCCUCGGCUUAAUGGACUUGACGGAUUUCGUGUAUAAGAAUGAGGACGGGUUCCAGAAGUUGUUACUGGAGCAGUCGGCUGAGCCCGCGGAGCAGAGGUGUCCGAUUGCGAGGGCGAGUCUGGCGGUUACGUCGAUUCUGUACGAGCACUUUGAGGUGGAUAAGAGCGAUGAGAGUGAUUCGCAGCGGUAUGUGAAUCAUGAGUCGCGGUCGAAUUUCGAUAGAGCGUUUAAGCCUAUGCUGCUGCAUUGGUCGAGGCUACAUACCAGUGGAUUGAAUUCCUUCAUCCGGCUAUGGAAAGCUGCCGGAGCUGAAGUGGAAGAUUUCGAAAAGAUUGAGGAGUUAGUCAGGAUCUUGAUUGAGCAGGUCGUCGGGCAAGCGCCUAGAGUGCGGGAGAUUAAAGACGUGGAAGAGGAGCUAGCAGAGUUCGAUUGUCAAAGACUGCGCGAACUUCAGAUGGAACUGUUAGAGUUGACAUAUGAAGACGCUUGGGGGCAUCAUUUACGCCAAGUCCGCGAUGAGCUCAACCACGAAGCCCUCCAAUUCGUCAAGGAACAACGCAUCCGUUGUCUUCUACAAGGCGCCUGGUUCCCGCAAACCAUGAACUACGCCACCGACGCUGGGCCCAUCACUAGCAAGAGCCUGUCACGAACGAUUCCCUCCUCAUGGCGAUAUGUUCGUUUAUCACAUAACAGAAGAUACCUCCACUACGCAGAUUUCGAUGUAAGAGGGGACACAGAGCCGCGAUUAGACGCCUUACAAGAGAAGAUCGACCUCUCCAUCGUCUCCUCGGUCGUCUCCAACGUCUCCGCCUCCGCCCCCUCGACGUCCUCCUCGGACAGCACCCUCAAAACCCUCCCUACGGCCCCCAACAACGGCCCGCACCCGCACUCCCUCAACAGCACCUCCGCCACGGCCUCCACAUCCACCAAAAUCACCAUCCACGGCUACCUGCCCCCGGACCACCCCUCCACCUCGCACUCCCGCAGCCACUCGCGCGCGAGGUCGACAUCGACCGCCGAAUCCAUCCUCCUGCAGCUGCACCCGCAGUCGCACACGCUGGCGUCGGAGUGGCUGGACGGGCUGCUGAUGCUGCUGAACCAGCAGCCGAUUACGGCGGAUACGAGUAAGCUGGUGAAUCUAAUUGGGGGUUAUGGACUGAAGAUCCGGUUGCUGAAUGUGCGGUAUGAGGAUGUGGGGCUCGAGGAGCCCGUGUUGCCGAGCAGGGAGGGGUUGGCGGAUGAGGAAUAUUUUUAUGAUAUUGGGGUGGAGGGGGUGUAGCGUAGUGCCGCGUGAGAAG